UUUUGCAGAAUCCAAAAGUUAUUUUGAUUCAGCGUAGCUACUGUUUAAAUAAUUUAGUGCGUUUAACAAAUUUAACCCAACAAAAGCUGACACAUUAUUUGUACAACAAAAUACUAGACCAAUUUUGUCUUAAAUGGCGUAGCGGUUUCUGCAUACAGAACAAACCGAACACCAAUCGCAAAUGCUGGAAGAUAUGCCCUUAAACAAAGACGUACGACCGGAAAUUUCCAGAUUUCCUUUCUGCAUAGUAUGGACACCAAUCCCACUACUAACAUGGUUUAUUCCAAUCAUUGGUCACAUGGGGAUUGGGACCAGCAGUGGGGUUAUCCGUGAUUUUGCUGGGCCCUAUUUCGUGUCUGAAGAUUCCAUGGGUUUCGGGCAACCAACAAAGUAUUGGAAACUUUCUGCAGAUAAAGUUCGUUUCUCUUCAUGGGACCAAGCAGUUCAUGAAGCAUCGGAAGAAUAUAAACAAAGAAUGCACAAUCUAUGCUGUGACAACUGCCAUUCCCAUGUCACAUAUGCGUUAAACCUAAUGCAAUAUGACGAUUCCUCUGCAUGGAAUAUGGUCAAACUCUGGUUUCUUAUGCUUGUGUAUGGAAAGUAUGUAAGUUUUACAGGAUUCCUAAAAACCUGGCUUCCAUUCUGUAUAUUUGCUUCCAUCAUUAUAGUGAUAGCAGUACUGCUGUGAGACACUACCAGAUGAUAUUUACCCUAGCCAAUGCACUACCACAUCAAACUGCAGUAAUUGCUCCAGAGUUCCUUUUAACAAAUAGAAUCCUUUUAACUGGAAAGUGCUUUGAAAUUUCUUGAUCCAAAAAAAAAGUCCAUUAUUUUUUGAUAUGUACAAAGUUAAUUGUAAAAAUACUUGUUAGUCAUUUUACUGCACUUGUCUUGAUAUAACUAAACAGAAUACUGACUUUUUUUAGGUGGCUAACUGCUGUUAGGUGUUGUAUGUUAGCCUUUUUCACUGUGAGAUUACCCCACUCAAUACAAUCUCAUGUUUGAUAACAAUUUGUUGAAGUAUCUUUAAUAACAAAUACGUUUUUGUUGUAAAUCAAUUUUUGUCGCUACACGAAAUAAAACUAACAUUUUAAUGUU